AUGAGUUUUCUCAUCCGCGCCAGGAAUGUUAUUUUAUCGGUGCUGGCCUUAUCCCUUGCGACCGGCCUGCUUUUCUUCUACACCCACUAUGAACGCCACCAACAUUGCGCCCAUUGCGUCAGUUACGCCAUGUACGUCGAGAGCAUGAUGUUCGAGAAACCCGAAAACCGAGAAAACACCCAGUUCUUCCACUAUGCGCUCGACACGGCCUGUCGCGGUUCCCUCCUGACCGGCGGCCACUGUACAAGCUUUCGACGAAAGUUUCUAGACGACCCCGAGCGAUAUAAAAACGAUAUUCGGGCUCCAUAUCCCGCGUGUCGGGCGAUCGAGGCCUGCUCAUGA